CGAUGCCAUAUUAGGGACAAACUCACGUGAAAUAGUGACUGGACUGUCUCUCUCUAUUAUUCCAUAUUUAUUUAUUUGAAUUGCAGGUCAUGUCGUUUUUGUUCAGGAGGAACGAUCCGAAGAACAAGAGAGGAGAGGUUGACUUCGACAAAGAGCCUUUCUCACUCCACCCAAAACACGUCAAAAGAUUGAACAAAAAACAUGGUCUGCAGACACAUUUUGUGGGUGUGAUAAACCUCGCAUCGAACGAACCUCACUUUUGCCAGCAAGUUCUAGAGGCGAUUGAGAAAAACUUCAAAAACCUCAAAUGCGACAAUUCUAAAAGUCGAGCAUCAAAAAAUGAAAUAAAAGCCGACCAGGAGCUGCUGAUUCUUGCCGAUGAUGAGGACUCCGAUGACGACGAUGACGAAGGACUGGAGUCGAUGGACUCUUUCUGGGAUCCGGAAUUAUCCAAUGGUGUCUGCAAACAGGGCGUUCUUGGGUUCAAUUUUGGCCAGAUGGCUUUGAGGUGUGCGGUAUCAGUAAAAGCACAAGAUUGCUUCACAGCAGACUUGGAACUCACAAAAAAAAUUCUUAAGCAAGGCCAUUGGUUCCGAGAAUUAGAUGAAGAGGGAACUUACAUGUUCAAAGCUCUUUUGCCCUCCAAGAACCAAGACAACUCAUUCAGAAUCCAACACUGGCUCUCUGGCUUACUCGUCAUAACCGACAGUCAAAACUCAGACUCAGAGCACCUUAACUGUACGGAACUAGCUCGGAAACUAGCUGAACUAGAGCCUAUUUUGAGACAAGCUUAUCGGACGAAUAAUGCCAUGAAAAGAACCCCUUCGGAAAUUCAGAAUAACCGACUCAUCAUUAUGAACUCUUCUGGAGUUUGCCCAAAAAUGAACCCCUCAAAUGUCAAUUUAGAGAAUGUUGCUUCGCCCUGUCUGACUUGCCUGGAGAUUAAGACCAAUUUUGACUGCAAAUUUGCGCCAGAUUUGACCUCAGCUGUCAGUUUUCUGGUGGAGCAGGAUAUUUAUAGAUACUUCCCGGAACUCAUACGAAUGGUGAAUAUGGAGUUGUCAGGGCUCUAUUAGCCAGGUGUUAAAUGUAUAUCAUUAUGUAGAGUGAUUGAUAUCUCGUCUAUUUCCAGAUCCAGAUGUAAGAAUUUGAAUGAAUUUUUAAAAAUUGUUGAAGCCUUUAUCAAAACAUGUGUUGACUUAAUUAUAGAACUUUUUUGGA